UGCGCACUGACCUUUACUUAGUUCCGUGGUGUGUAGGAGCUGUCAUCGCUGGGACUCGGGGAAACACUCACGAAGAGACAAAAGAUGAAGAACAAAGUUAGCAGCUCUCAAGCAGGUGUAAAAAGACGGUCGUGGUCGUGGCAGCAGUAUUUGUAUAAGCAGAAAGCUGAAGCUGCCCCUGUUACACUGUUUACUCAGUCCCAGUUAUUUCCCAGCACAAAAUCAGGCUUCAGAGUUGGGAUGAAAUUGGAGGGAAUUGAUCCGCUGCACCCGUCGAUGUUCUGUGUUCUGACAGUUGCUGAGGUGACUGGAUAUCGCCUCCGUCUCCAUAUUGAUGGUUACUCCGAGUGCUAUGACUUCUGGGUUAACGCUGAUUCGGUGGAUAUCAGACCGGCAGGGUGGUGUCAAGAGCACGGCCGCAAGCUUCACCCGCCUAAAUGUCACACUGACACCGAGUUUAACUGGCAGGCGUACCUUGAGUCCACAGGCUCCGAUGCUGCUCCGUUUGCUCUGUUCACCUUUCCCACUGCAGACUGUGCAUUUAAGGUGGGGAUGAAGCUGGAAGCAGUGGACAGGAAGAAUCCAGGACUUGUCUGUGUCGCCUCUGUCACUGAGGUCAUUCAGGACCGAUUCCUUAUUCACUUUGACAACUGGGACGAUACGUAUGACUACUGGUGUACCAGUGACAGUCCUUACAUUCAUCCUGUUGGCUGGUGUGAAGAACACGGACGACCGUUGACAUCUCCACAGGGACAUCCAGACCCAGAAAACUUCUCAUGGGAAGAAUAUUUGCAGGAAACUGAGUCAGUUGCUGCUCCCAGAUCAGCUUUUACACAGAGAGCCCCAAAUGGUUUCCAGGUAAACCAAAGGCUGGAGGCCGUGGACAAAAGGAACCCCAUGUUGAUUCGAGUCGCAACAAUUGUGUGUGUAGAGGAUUUCAAAAUAAAGAUUCACUAUGAUGACUGGUCGUCUCAGUUUGACGUGUGGUUCGACAGCAAUCACAGUGACCUUCAUCCUGUAGGCUGGUGUCAACAGACUGGUCACCCACUAGAACCACCACCAGGUCAGGUCCCUCCCUCAUCUCCUUCUCAGGGAUUAUGCCCCACUCCAGGCUGCCGAGGAGUUGGACACAUCAAAGGAUCCAAAUACACAGGUCAUCACAGUGCCUUCGGCUGUCCAUACUCGGACACUAACAUGCGUAAGGAGACAGUACUUCCAGACCGACUCGGGGGAGAGAGAGUAAUCACACUAAUACCUGCUGCCAGGCAUCAGUCUAAUAGGAGCAGUGAUAAGGUGAAGGCGGAAUUUGAAGAAGAAUCUCUCUUGCUUCCGCUUGGGAAGAGAAAAAGACUAAUGGAGAGUCUCUGUCAACCAAGUAAAGUCAUGCUUGUAGAAAAGAAAGAAGAGCAGCUUCAGCCUUCAGAUGGUGCACCAGAAUCCAGCCUUCGGGCAGCUCUUCAUCAGUCGGUCUUCCUUUCAGCGAUGUCAGCUCAGCCUGGUCGUGCCCUGUCCUUCUGCUGGGAGCAACAGCGUAAACUCCUGCCGGGUGUCGCCGGCGUCCAUGCUGCUGCCGUUGAACGCUGGAGUGUGCAACAGGUGUCGGAUUUCAUAGAGUCACUCCCGGGUUGUGAAAAUCAGGCCAAACAGUUCCAAGAUGAGCAAAUCGACGGGCGAGCCUUCCUCCUACUGACGCUAAGGGACAUUAUUAAAAUCAUGUCGAUUAAACUCGGCCCCGCCCUCAAAAUUUACAACUCCAUCCUGAUGAUGAAACACACUGAGGACAAGAAUCGAGUACCAGCCAAGGACAUAAACCUCGCACCAGCUGAGGACGGGAACCGAUCACCACCUGAGGACGGGAACCGAUCACCAGCUGAGGACAGAAACCGAUCACCAGCUGAGGACGGGAACCGAUCACCAGCCGAGGACAGGAACCAAUCACAAGCCGACACGAACGACUUGCAGGCCAGCAACACCUGCAGCUGAUGUGUCAGACCUGGGAACUCCCCCCACCCCCCACAACACAAACUCCUCCCUUUUAUAUGUGAUGGCAUUUGAAUGUCACAAAAAGAAAAAAAAAAUCUCAGGUUUUUCUCUCAGGUUUUAGGAAAUUAAAAAAAAAAAAUCCCUAAAAGGAUUCAAAGUAAU